CUACCUCGCGUUAAGGGCCCAAAGGCGGCUGGCUCUCUCAGCGGUUGCCAUGGAGACGGCGGGAAGCAACGCGCGCCGCGCGAGGCGGCUCGUCACGGCCAGGUGGGCCGCGGCCGCACAGCUUUUUGCCGUAUGACAUGCAGAGGUCUAUGCGAUGAGGAGAGGCCAGCCACAGAAAACAUCCCUGGGGAAGCCACAGAUGUCUCCGUCCCGCUCUCGGAGUCCAAAGUCUCCUGCAAUCAUCCGUAGCAGGUCAUCGUCUCCACUGGACACAGAAGGAAUUCCGUCGACCCAUCAGCCAACGGGUCAAAGAUAUCAAGGAGAGGUAGAUCGAGAAAGCGAUACAGAUGGCAGUCCAGGUAUCCGAUACAUAACAGAACCUCUUCUUAAAAAGCUCGCCAAGCAAGAGAAUCUGGCACGCAUAACCGCUCUGAAUCUUUCUCUUGGUAAAGAUGGAGGGAAGAAAUUUAAGUACAUAGAAAAUCUGGAGAAAUGUAAUAAACUGGAAGUCCUAAAUCUCAGUCAUAAUCUGAUCGAAAAGAUUGAAAAAUUGGAUAAACUUCUGAAGUUAUUGGAUCUCAACCUCUCUUUCAAUAAAAUAAGUAAAAUAGAAGGGAUUGAACAUUUACACAGUCUGCAGAAGCUGAACCUGGCUGGGAAUGAGAUUGAACACCUCCCUGUGUGGCUGGGGAAAAAACUCCGGUCCCUUCGCAUCCUGAAUUUAAGAAAAAAUAAAAUCUCAUCACUCCACGAAGUAGCCAAACUGAAGCCUCUUAAAGAUUUGACUUCUCUGUUCCUGGCAGACAACCCGGUGGUAAACCUCCCUCACUACCGUCUCUAUACCAUCUUCCAUCUGAGGUCAUUGGAGGAUCUUGAGGGCCAGCCGGUGACGAAUUGUGACAGGGAGGAAGCCCUUGAAAGAUUUAAUUUAGAAGAGAUAGAACACCUGGAACAUGACCUGGAACAGAUGACCAAGGAGAUAGAAUGCUUGCAGAACAAACAGUCUGGUUUGCUAGAGCAAGUCCAGCAACAAGAGGAGCAGAACAAAUCCUUAAAACAGAAGCAAGAGCAGCAGAAACAGAGCCAUAAAGACCUGGAGACCGAACUGGAAACCAAAAAUGAGUUGCUGAAGCAGAAAACCGUGGAACUGACUCGAGCUUGUCAGAAGCAGUAUGAGCUGGAACAAGAAUUGGCUUUCUAUAAAAUCGACGCCAAAUUUGAGCCGUUGGGCUAUUAUCCAGUGGAGGAUGUUGAAUUUGACAACGUACCAGGUGAAAGUCCUUACAUCGGCAAGGCCAGGUACAAAAGGAACAUGUUUGCUAUGGAGGGUUACAUCCCCAGAAAGGCUCAGCAGAUGCAGAUGGGAAAUCUAGAGAAGGAGGAGCAUCAAGAAGCCCAGCAUCUUAAACAGAAUCUUCUCCAGUCGCUCGAUGAACAGCUUGAACAGAAAGAGAGGAAGAUUAAAGAAGCCCAGGAAAAAUUGGCCACACUGCACAAUGAAGUCGCCCAGGCAGAGCAACAGGUCUUAAAAGUCACUGAGGAGCUUAAACAAGUCCAGGAUGCGGUUGCCCAGAAAAAGGUAUCUGAAGCAGAAAAGGAUUGUUUUCGGCAGCAGCUGAGCAACAAGAUAUGUCUCGUUCAUCGGCUGCAAGAGGAGGCUCUGGAACUAGAGGGACAGAUGCAGAAACAACGACAAGAAAUGGCGGAAAAGGAAAAGGAGCUAGAAGGCUUGCAAAGUUUCCUAGAUUCUCUGGAUCCUAAAGACCCAAGACAUGCUCAUAUGAAGGCUCAGAAAGCAAGCAAAGAGCAGCAACUCGACAUGAUGAGGAGGCAUUAUAAGCAACUGGAAAGCCGCCUGGAUAACGUGCUGUCCAGGAUCGCCAAUGAAACAGAAGAAAUCCGGGAUUUGGAGCAACAGCUUACAGAUGGUCAAAUUGCAGCCAACGAAGCCCUGAAGAAAGACUUGGAAGAAGUCAUCCUAGGAUUACAGGAAUACCUCGAGAACAUUAAGAGUCAGACGAAGCAAGCGACCGAUGAGUGCAAAGACCUGCGGAAAGAGAAGGAGGCUUUGCUGAAAAGACUGGAAGAGGUAGAGGAAGAGAGGAACCAGCUGGAAAUAGUUGCCAUCGAUGCCGAAAACCUGAGAAAAGAAACGGCGAACCUGGAACGGGCUCUCCAACAGCAACGUGAACUCAACGAGGCCUUGCAGGAAGCCCAAGGAGAGAUCAGCGCUUAUGAGGCUGAGCUGGAAGCUGAGCUGAAGGCUCGAGACACUGAAGCCAGCCAGCAGAAGGAAGAGCUGGAGAAUUUAAAGCAGAUUAUUCAGGUGGAACAGUCUCAGCUUGUCAAGGAGAGGCAGGCCUUGGAGAAUGCCUUGGCCAAAGCACAAUUGUGCGAAGAGAGGGAACAGGAGAAUAACCAGCUGCUUUCCCAACUCAAACUGCUGCAGAAAGACAACCACCUCUUGAAGCAGCAACUGAAAGACACAGAGGAGCAACUGAAUCACACAGCCGAUAGCUUAAUUCAUCCCGAGGAAGUCUCAGCUCGUGUGAACGAACUCAAACAAAAGUUGCGGACUGGGACAGAAAUCAGGUGCCAUAACUCGAAGGACGUAUUAGGGAAGAGCCUAGCGGAGCUGCAGAAACAGUUCGCCGAGAUCUUAGCUCGUUCCCAGCAAGAAAAUGAAUCGGCCCAGGCCAGGGAGAGAGAGCUCCAGAAAGAGAUGGCUACUCAACGGGCUGAGCUGGAAGAAGCCCAAGAAAAGUAUAAACUGGCCUGCAACAGAGCUGCGGAAGCCAAAAUUAAAUCCGAGAGAAGGCAGAACGAGGCUCGUGUCCAGCAGCUAGAGGGUGAAAUCCAGCAUCUCGUCGAAAAGCUGAAGAGCAUGGAGGAAAUUCAGGGCCUCACCGAUCAGCAGCUUCAAGAAGCUGAUGAGGAGAAAGAACAAAUCCUUGCUGAGCUGGAAGACUUGGAGAAUAAGAAAAAGGCAGAAGACGCGAGGGCACAGCUGCAGUUCCACAGCCUCAGCAAAGAGCUGAAGGCGUUAAAAGAAGCCAUUUCCGCUUCCGAUAAACAGGCCACAGCCCAACUCUGCGCAGCCAAAGACCAGCUCCAGUCGCUUCAUGGGACUGUGUUCAAAAUCAAUCGGGAACGUUCCGAGGAGCUUCAGGAGGCAGAAAAGUUCUGCAUGCAGGCCACUCAAGCAGCUAAGGAUCUGGCCAGAGCAGAGACAGAAAUAGGACUUUUGCAGAAGCUUCUCAGAGAAAAAGAGGCGCAGUUGGAAUUGGAAAAGAACGAUGCCGAGAUGGCGGCUUCGCAUUUUCAAAAGGAAGAGUGGGACAAGUUGAAUGGGCUUCUGAAGUGGCAGAAAGCAGAAACGGACCGACUCCGCCGAGCCUUAGAUCAAGCUAAAAACGGCAACAGGGCUGAAAUUGAAAGCGUACUGGGGGAAAUCGAAGGACUCCGACGUACGAUCUCUCAGCAGAACGAUACCAUCGCUAGCUUCGUGGCUCCACUCCAGCAGAGUCAACAUCUCUUUUUUGUGCCGUCAUCAUCCCAAGCGUCUACUCCUGCGUCUCAGAGCACCAAAGAUUCAGGCAUUAUCUUACAGUGUCCCGUGUCGACUCCCAUCGUCAAACAGGACAGGAAGCUGACCGAAAGCAAGAAAGCACAUUACCCUGCUGGCUUGCAGGAACCCUCCUCUAGCAGGCACCAAGGUGAUGGUGAAACCCUCCCCAGCGCUGCUCCUUGCGUCCUGCCUCCUGGAUCCAUCAUUUAUACCCUGCUGCCAGAUGGCAACCCAGUGCCCCAGGGUACAGUGCUGUAUGGCUUACAGCCUCCCUCCGCGCAAGUCAGCGGAGGCCCAGUUGCUCCCACAUCCGUGGUCUACGGCUCACCUCCCACCGGAGUCCAGCUGCAUUAUGGUCUUCUUCCUGCUAACUAUUCAGUGCCAUUGGUUCCCCUGGGAAUCCUUCAUUGCAACAUCCCCGACCACCGUAACUUGGAAAAUGAUAUCUUGCGGCUAGAAGACAGCAUAGAGGCCUUGAGGUCUCAGCGGCACAAAGAUGGGUCCUCCAGAACUUCUCGUGAACCUAAUAAAGAGAUGGAAGAACUGAACCAGGGCAUACAGGACUUGUUGAAGGAGAAAGAAGAGCUGGAAUACCAAGUCGCAGAGCUGCAGCGGGUAGCCCAGAAGAGAAGUAAACGCAUAGACUUGAUCGAAGGGCGUGGGGACGCCCUCACUGCAGAGCUGGAAUUGGAGAAUUCGAUCCAGUGCCAUGAAAGUAUCAUGGAUGAAAUUGAAUGCGUGGAAAAGACACUUCUGAAGCGACGGGCAGAACUCAGAGAGGCUGACUGUCUUCUGGCUGAAGCUGAAACCGAGCUCGAAAAUACUCGAGGAAAGACCAAAGAGACUAUUCAGAAAUACAACACCGCUAAGCAACACUUGUCUCACACCGAGAAAGAAGCUGAGGAACUUGAACGACGGACUCGGGAGAUGGCUGUAAGGCUUGUGAAAGCAGAUCAGGAGCUCAGGUUCCUUCAAGCAAACGCCCAGGAUUUGGAACAGCACAAGAUGGAACAAGAAGGAAUUCUGAAAGAAAUCAACCAAAUCGUAUCGGCAAAAGAUUCUGAAUUUCAAGUCUUGAGCCAGAAGAUAGAAAUAUUGACCGAAAGCCUUCAGAAGCUGCAAACAGACAUCCAAGUGGCAGAAGGCAAUGAGGAUCACCACCUACAGAUCCUCAAAGAAGCAGAGAACAUCCUUCUGAGCAAAAAGCACGAUCUAGAGAGAUUAAAAGAUCAGACCUCCGUUCAGCAGCAAGAGUUACACCUGGUGGACAGAUUGCUCGAUCAAAAAAGGAACGAGCUACGGCUCCUCCAAGACAGCAUUGCUGAGAAAAAUGCCAUCUUUGCAGAAGCUCUUGGGAAUGGAGAGGCAGAGAUAACUGAAAAACGGCAUCUAAUGAAGGAAAUGAAGGCUUUUCUAGAAGACCUGAGUGUUCAGAAGGGAGAACUCAAUGCCCAGCUAAGCGAGAAAAGGUCCCAGCUAUCUCUCGUCAUGCAGAAUAUCCGAAAAGAAGAAACAAAGCUACAGGAUAUCUUGGGGCUGAUAAAGAAGCAUAAGACAGAACUGAAGCACAUGCUGGAAACAGCACAUCUGGGAAAAGAGGAGGUCGAAACCCUGAAAUUUCAGCAUAACCAAAAGGCGAACGAGUUGGAAAAAAUCGAAAGGUUGCUUCUAGAGGAGAAGCUGGAACUGGAGAAUCUCCAGCAAGCAUCCCAACGCCAACGAGGGGAGGUCGAGCACCAGAGGCAGCUUCUCCAGGAGGCUCAGCAGGAAGCCGAGCGGCUGACUUCUCAGCUCCACCUUCUGCAAAACCGCGUCAAGGCUCUGAACGAUGAGAAGCGACAGCUGGAAGCCAGCUGCGAAAGCCUAGAGGAGAAAUUCUCCCAAAGCAAAAGAACCUUAGCCUCUACGGAAGAUAAUAAUAAAACUAUUCUCGCCAGCAAAGAAAAAUCCAUUUUGGAUUUCCAAAAGCUGCAGCUUGAUAUCGAUCAGCUUCACAACCAGAAAAUAGUUCUGAACAAGGAUGUCGCUGAGCUACAGAAGCAGUUGCAUGGAAAAAAGGAGGAAUUGGAGGUUUUGAAGACGGAACUGAACAAUUCCAGGCAUUACCUUCAGCUGUUGGAGCAGGACGUGAAAGAGGCCGCAAAGGCAAAGGAGGAUCUGCUCCAAGAACAGAAGGUCCUCAAAGACGCCCUCCACGAAUCUUCCAGGAAGUGCAAGGAGGCCCAAGAAGCCCGAAGGGAAAAGGAAAACCGGCUACACCAACUCCACAAGGAGCUUGAGGAACAGGAGGUGAAACAGGCCAAACAAGAGACGGUCCUUCAACAGCUCAGAGAAGAUGUCCAGCACGAAGAAAAAAAGUUGACAGAGUACACAGACAUACUGAAGCAUCAGAAGAAGCAGCUAGAGCAAGAACUGGACGAGCAGCAGGGUCAGCUGACACAAGCUGUAGCCAAGGUCCAAGAGAUGGAAGAACGGAUCCGGAAGCUCCAGAAGGGGGAAUCUCACAUUUCAGCUCUUGAAGGAAAACUCCGCAAAGCCUGGCAUCAGCUCUCUGAAAAAGAACAGAAGCUUCAAGAAAAGGUGGGCGAGGUUUCAUCCCUGCAAAGAGAACUCGGCCUCUCCAGAGCCGAGGAGAGGCUGCUCCAGGACCGACUGCAAGCAGACCACAUAAGAGCAGAGAAGCAAAUGGCAACCUUGAAGGAAACCAUCAAGGUUCAAAGGGACCAGCUUGAAAGGGCCCUUCAGGAACAGAAGCAAGAAAACUACAGCUUGCAACGAGAAAUAACCUCGUUGGAACAAGUGGCCCGAGAGAAUCACGAGCGAGCCAAGCGGCUGAUGAGGGACCUUGGACGGAUCCAAGAAGAGUACGCACAACUCAAAUCACAGGUGAAGAACCAGGAGGACCUGGAGAAACAGCAAAAAGAGCUGAAGGGCACUGUUAAGCUGGUCAGGCUGGAAGUGAAGGACAAAAUGAGGAACGGUUUGAAGGAUCUGAGCCAAUCUCCUCCAGAGUUAUUGGAGGAUAGAGAAGCUGAGCUGGAAAGGAAGGCAAGGCUUUGGAGCGAUGUGGAAAGCCUGAAGGAGAACUACCCAUUCACCGAAAACAAGACCAGGAUGCUGUUUUGGGAUGAAAAGCUGGACCUCUCCAAAGUUCACAUCACGGAUGAACAGUGGCGUGGAAAGGCACGCCGGGAACAACUGCAGCACCAGGAAGAUCGUCUCAAGGCUCAACUCCGGCAAUGCAUGUCAAAGCAGGUGGAGGCAUUAAUAAAAGGGAAACAGCAGACUGAGGGCACCCUCCACAGCCUGCGGAGACAAGUCGAUGCCCUGGACGAGCUGGUUAGCAGCAGUUCUACAGAUUCCUUGUUUCCAUCGUUAAAUUCCUCGGGAUUCACAGAUGCAAAGAACCAGUCCACCACAGCUCCUUCUCCCUGGACAACUGCAGACACUUCAGGCCAAUCUCAAGUGACUUAUCAGUUCAAGACAUAGCUUCAACAAAGCAGAAAAAUACUAUGCACAAAUGGGGUUGGUGAAACCCGGGCCAAUCGGACGUGAAAUUCAUGAAGACUACCUCAAUUUAUUUACAAGUUAACGGUCUUCGAGCCACCUCAGGUUUUCCGCAUCUCUUAUAGCAGAAUUCUGCCAUGCUGAAAGCAACAUCAGCGCUUUGUAUUCCUUCGGCGUGGAGGGGAAUCUAGGAAGAGGUGUGUGUGUCUCUUGCUCUUUUACGUUUCUUUUUAACCACCGUUUAAAAGCAAAAAAUGGCUUUUUAUGGGAUAAAAUAUUUUGUGAAUAAAUUUUUUUUUGUACAAAA